AUGCAAUCAACAUCAUCGAUAAAAUCUAAUGAUUUCAAUUUUUCAACAAAUACAUCUAAUUUCUGGUCAAAUGGAGCAAAUCGUAAACGAAAAGUUGAUGAAUGUGAUUUAGAAGAAAGUUUUCAAAACAAAAUGUUUUUAACCGAAGAAAAAUUAAUUCAAAAUAUGCAAAGUCUUUCAUUAGAUUUAUCGAUGAAUAAUAAUUCAACAUUAAAUGUUCAAACUUUACAAGAAAAUAAUGAAACAAAAAUUAAUCAAAAUCAAUUAAAUCAUUUUUCUCAAUUAGAAACUCAAUAUGAAUUACAUAAAUUAUUUAAAGAUAAUUUAGCAAAUAAUGAUUUACAAGAUAGAUUUAUAAAUAGAAUUUAUAAUAUUGAACGAAAAAGAUUCUCUAUGCAAAUUGUACCAUAUAUACCAAUUCAUCCAGCACAACUAAAUAAUAAUAAUCAUGUAGUAGUAGAGGAAAAAGAACAAAAAAUUGAAAAUAAUAUUUCUUCAACUGUAAAAAUUAGUCCAGUAAUAAAAGAGGAAAAUGAUGAUCAUUUAUUUAAAAGACCAUUUUCACCAGUACCACCUUAUACAGUUGAAGAACCGACUGAAAAUACAACGAAACGAAUUCCAAGAAUGAAAAGGAGUUACUCACAAUCUGUAAGAUAUAAUAAUAAUCUUACUGUAGUAGAACUAAAAAAUGAUACAAAUGAUAAUUUAAUUCAUCAUUCACAAUCCGAUUAUUUUAUUGUUGAACCAAGUACACCUGCUUUGACUGAAUCUCCAGCAGAACAUAUUCCUACUUCGCUUUCAUCGAAACAAUCAUCGAUACAAAUAAUCGAAUGUUCUGAUUUGACGUCAUCAAAAACUAAUAUUUUUUCAAAACCAUUUACUAAUGAUAAUAUCAAUGUAAAAUCAAAUUUUUCAUUUGAUGGUUGUUAUGAAGAAAUGGAUGAUGAUGAUGAUAUUUAA